AUGAAGAUACCUUCUUCUAGUCUUGUUCCUUGUGUGAUGCAGGCUCAUGAAGAAAAUGACGUGGUGAAUUAUGAACAGCCCCCAAUAUUCGAUGAGGAAGAUCAAGUGAUGGCCAUGGAUAGCGAUACGUAUGCAUAUGUUGCUUCACAAGAUGUUGAAGUGAUUGUGCAUCAAAACCUAUGCAAGAAUGAGAGCCACAGAGCCAAACUGAGAGAGAGUGAAAACAAAAGAGAGUUGUGUGAUUCCACCCACUGUGACGUUGAGAGUAUCAACAAUUCGAGUGUGAGGGAUACACCACAGAGAGAUAGAGAGUUAGAAUGCAAGUCAUGUGAGGAUAUUUUUAAAACAAACACUCUCAUCUCUACUUCUAGUGUUGUUUUUCCAAAUGUGCAGGUUUGUAAUGAGAAUAAGGAAGAGAUGGCUGCUCAUGACAACUCCAUACUUGUUGAGAAAAGUGAGAAGGUAGCCAUUCACCCGAACCAAUUUUGUGUUGCCCAAAACAUGAACCAUGACGAGGAAAGUGGUAAGAUUUCAGAAGCGUCAUCCAUGAUACUUGCACUACCACAAAGUAUAAAAGAUUAUUGUGUGUCCACCAAAAGAAAAUUUCAGCAAGAGACACGUGAAAGGUCCUAUGGACAGCAAAACCCAUGUGAGAAAGAGUGCCACCAACCAAAAUUGAGUGCGAGAGUUCAAAAUGAAAAGAUAAGAGAUUCCACCAUAUGUGAGAAAGAGUGCCACCAACCAAAAUUGAGUGUGACAGUUCAAAAUAAAAAGAUGAGAGAUUCCACCAUAUAUGAGGAGGAGAGCCACAAAAUUUUGUGUGAGAGAGAUACACAAAAAUUAAGCCAAAAAAAUGAUGAAUCAUGUGAGGAAUUAUUUAUUGCUAACAUGAAGAUACCUUCUUCUAGUCUUGUUCCUUGUGUGAUGCAGGCUCAUGAAGAAAAUGACGUGGUGAAUUAUGAACAGCCCCCAAUAUUCGAUGAGGAAGAUCAAGUGAUGGCCAUGGAUAGCGAUACGUAUGCAUAUGUUGCUUCACAAGAUGUUGAAGUGAUUGUGCAUCAAAACCUAUGCAAGAAUGAGAGCCACAGAGCCAAACUGAGAGAAAGUGAAAACAAAAGAGAGUUGUGUGAUUCCACCCACUGUGACGUUGAGAGUAUCAACAAUUCGAGUGUGAGGGAUACACCACAGAGAGAUAGAGAGUUAGAAUGCAAGUCAUGUGAGGAUAUUUUUAAAACAAACACUCUCAUCUCUACUUCUAGUGUUGUUUUUCCAAAUGUGCAGGUUUGUAAUGAGAAUAAGGAAGAGAUGGCUGCUCAUGACAACUCCAUACUUGUUGAGAAAAGUGAGAAGGUAGCCAUUCACCCGAACCAAUUUUGUGUUGCCCAAAACAUGAACCAUGACGAGGAAAGUGGUAAGAUUUCAGAAGCGUCAUCCAUGAUACUUGCACUACCACAAAGUAUAAAAGCUCAUGUUGAUACAAGUGUUGAAUUUGAUUUUGAUGAGAGUCUUUGUGCUUUGAAUGAUCCUUGCAACACUUCAUAUAACGACAAACUUCACCUUGUUCAGUUGGUUACAUGUGUUGAAUUGUUCGCAAGGAUAUCUCCUAUUGGAUGUUUGUGUUAUACUAUGCUUAACAUGCCUACCAAUAUUUAUAAAAUGCUUGAGAAAAUUUCUGUGAUAACAUCUUUGAGUUCUUUGAAUAUUGCUCAUAGCUGCAAGUUUACAUUUGUUUUGAUUGGAGAACAUGUUGUAGAUACCUUCCAUGUUCAUGCAAUUUGUGUAACAUAUGACAAGCUUGCUGACUUAGAGUCAAAAAUGUUGAGUGAAAAACAAAGUGAUAAAUCUUUUGAAAUGCAACAAUUGCUUGGUGCUUGUGAUUUCGAACAAUUAAUGGUGUCACCAUGUUCAUACCAUCCACCAAAAGACAGAAAUCAUGUGCAAAGCAAUGCCCGUACACACAAAAGUUGCUCAUCCACAUACUAG